GUGUAAGAGUGCUGUUUUUGAAACUGUUGGUUUACUAACAUAAUAUAUUCAGUGAUGUCUAGAGGAAAAUACAUUUUAAAGAUUCUAGAGGAUCAACAAAAAGCAUGUACUACAAGACCAGAAACUAAUCACGAUGGAUCAAUUAGUCCCAUGAGAAGUUUUGGAAAUAAAGAGAGCGAAAAUAUAGACAAUAACCCUAAGACGUUUCCUUGUCUUAAUAUUUGUCCUAAACCUAGCACAAAUAAAAAUGAUGCAGAAUUCAUUAAAAAUCUAACAGCUAAUCCUCGGAUAUCAAUUAUUCCCAGUACCAGUAGAGAUAUAUACCAGUCUCCAUCGUCUCAUAAAGAUUUCAGCGAUGAGGAUAAAAAAGAGAAAGAGUGAAAAAGAAAAUAUUUCAGUUGAAGGAGAAAACAUCUAAGAAACGUCUUAGGAAUCCAGAUCAGUGGAGUAGAAGAAAAUCUGCAAUUUUAAGAGCAAGAGGAGAAGAGUAUCUUUCUCAAACAGGGAAAGUUAUGUCAAAAAAAGAAAUAAAUUCUGGAUUGCUGUGCAAAGAAAAAUGCAGAUUACAUUGCUCUGACAAGUUUCUUUUAGAAGAUAGAAAAGCAAUUUUAGAAAAGUAUUAUGCAUUAGAUAUAAACGCAAAAAAUGCUUUGUUAUUUAAAAGCAUAAACAUCAAACCGGUUGCAAGACAUAGGACUAAUGUAAAAAAAGAAAAAACAUAUUCUUUUAGUUAUUCCAUUACUUUUAAUAGAAAAACAGAAAUCAUAUGCCGAGGUGCACUAUGUUC